AUGUUUUAACAGAACACCGAUCCAUGCAGGGCUUUCACAACAAGUAUUUUAAUCUUAACAUUAAUUCUACAGAAAUACCAAACCAACAGAGGAGAGAAGUGGUGAAGCAGCUUCCUGACUGAGUCCAACUGGGAAAGAAACGAUGAGAUGGGCGUGAAUAAGUGCAUGUCUAUAAGCUCCUUCCUCCUGAUGGCUCAGACAUUCAGAGACUGGACGAAGUGGUAAAAGCAGCUCUUUUACUUUCAGGAUGGUUUUUAAUAGCAGAAUGAAAAUGCACCAUGUUCUCCUCUUCUGCUUCCUCUCAGCAGCACCGCGUGAUGGAAACUGUGUCGGUGCAGAAAUGCUCCUCCACCCCGAAGGAGGAAGCAUCACCGCUGAGUGCCGCUUUUCUUUCUCUGGAAGAAGGAAACUUCUCUGUAGGGAUGCAUGCACGGAUGGAAACAUUCUCAUGGAAACAGAAGGCCAGGCAGCUCAGAGAGGCAGGUACAGCAUUAGAUACAGAGAGGGAACGUUUCCAGUAUCUUCUACAGUUCUGCAUGUGAGCAUCACACAGCUGACCAAGUCGGACUCUGGACGCUACUGGUGCGUCUUAAAAAGGCCUUUCCUCCCAGACUCGUAUCAGGAGUUUGAAAUCAGAGUAACAGAUGCCCCGAAGACUUCACCUGACGGGCUGAAGCAGCCUGACCCGCAGCGGACUGAAGAAACCAGAGCUGAAGAUUGCUCAGAGGCCUCAGUUGCAGCCGAGAUCCUAAAAACGACCUUGACCUGCCACGACGACCACGGCAUAUGUCGAUCCUGCAGCGUCAGUUGCAGCUUCAUCAGCGGUUUGUCGCAGCUGGAAAACGGCCACUUCCCACCGGCAGGCGCCGCCUCUCAGUGGUUUUUCACCGUUAGCGUGUCACAGAGCUGUCACAUCAGUACCAUCCCAUUAAUGCAUACACACAUUUAGUACCAACCAUCCUUGUUUACAACAAAGUUCUGCAGGUUUGCAUUUAUCUGCACUGUCAACUGUGGAAAUGGAAAAUAUUUAAAACAAAGUUUGCAAAAUCAUUGUGAUCUACUGCAUUGGUUUGUGAUGUGCACUGGAAGCAUGUGGUAGUAACUGAUAUUUUGUUUUUGUUUACUGUUUUGUUGUUGUUUUUUUGUGUGUGAUAUGGAUCCCCCUGGGUCUGAAAUAAGAAUAAAGUAUGUAAUAUAAUAAUAAUAAUAAAGGUUGGUGAUUACAAAAGUUAAAUUAGCGUUAGCAUCGUAGCCUAGCUGCUUAGCCAGGCUGCCCAGGCGGUUUAGGACUGAAUGAUCAACAAGUUGAACCUGCAGCCAAGUUAAAAGAUAUUUAUUUCACUAGAUGGAUUUGAUGUUUUGCUCUGGGCAUCGGCUUGUCAUUCGUUUCCAGCUGUUUAUGCAGCUGUUCAACAGCUGAGCAAUCUGUGCACAAAGUUUGCAAACAGACCUCAGUUUAGUAACGCAUGCGCACAGAUUUCCACCUUUUUCUUUCUUUUCUUUUCUUUCUUUUUUUUUUACACCCACUGACAGUUGCUGGACUCUGUAGAUUAUAUCUAGAGUGCAGGUUUCAAAACAUAGUUAUACGUGACAGCAAUUAUCCCUGUUUUUAUACCCCUAUC